AUGGAGAAAGCUGAUAUUAGUAUGUUUGAAAACUCUCAAAAAAUACUGCUUGAAAGUGAGAGAAGACUUCUAAUUGGAAAUGAAGAUUAGCAAGAUACAAUAGAAGGUGAUCAAGAAUAAGCAACUGAUGGAAAUAUACUUUCAAACAUGGCUUAAAAAGGUAGCACUUAGAAUAUUGACGGUCAAAGUCCUGCAUUUGCUGAUGAAGCUAGUGAGUCUAUUAGUUCACCUAAAAUCUAUGAUGAGCGUAAACGUACUGCUGAUUUCAAUAGAAAUAAGGUUUUACCCUUACCUAUAUCAGAAAUUCGUAAAGAUUUGAGGCAAAAAUUCUAUAACUCAGAGUAAAACAAAUCAUUUUCACUAGAGCAUAAUAAAUAAAAAGUGCAAUCAGAUUUAUCACCUAAGUAUAUUGGCAAUCCAAAAAUUGUGGUUUAAGAUUAGUCUUUCAAAGUCACAUAAGAGUUAAUAUUUGAGUAGUCAAGAAUUCAAGAAACAAGCUCUGAAAAUGAAGACGAUGAUGAUAUCGAUGAUAACUUGAACUCGUAUGAAAUUCAACCUGUAUAGAAUGAUGAUCUUACUGAACUAGUUAAGUCAAUAAAAAGAGCAAGGCUUGAUUCUCUCUUAGGUGUAGGCAGUAAUUUUCUAAAUUAUCUCAUAGAGGGAAAUAGCAGCGAAUCAAUAAGCAAAAAGAAAAAAAACCCUGAAGGAAGCUAUCACAUAUUUGAUUUAGGUUACAAGCAAUAUAGAGACUGCACUCUAUCUGAUGUCAUUAAUUUCAAGAAAAAGCUUUUAAUGAGACUAAGAAGAGCAACUCUGUUCUCAGAAAAUUACAACGCACCAGAUAAAAAUCAUUGUUUCAUGAUUAUGUUUACCUCAAUAGAUGAAGUAAAUCUUAAUAAGAUUUUGAAAGAAUACAAUUUGAAUCCAAUUUUGAUCUGGGAAAUAAUUCUGAAGCAAAAUUACGACAAAGUCGUUAAGAUAGAUGACUAGACAGCUUUUUACAAUAUUGAGAUCAUUGAGGAGAAUAAGAUUCAUUAAAAGUUUAUCAUUAAAGUUAUUCACUCGUUUAAACGAAACUUGAUGUUCUUGUUUACUACUUGGACAGGCUAGGCACCAAUAUUACACUUGAUGAGAAAAAUAUUUAAGUUUAAGAAUCUGGAGGAAGUUCCUAAAUUUAAAAGAAAGUCAAUAAUUUUCGACUUCCCUCCGAUUAUCGGUCUUCAUAUGGAAAGAGUGCCUAGUGAAAAGAGAUCUCCAAUGAAUGAGGUUAAGCUCUCUUUUAAUCCAAAUUUUAAUCAUAGAGAUAACCUUCUAGAGGUACAUAAAUAGAACAAAUCAGUUCAUUCUGACAGUGAUGAAGACAACAGUCAAUCAAGCAAAACAGAUGAUUCAUAAGCAUCGUAAUAUAUUGGUUUUCCUAAAAAAUAAGAGACCUUUGGAAUUAAAUCGAAAAUAUUACAAAAUAAAUUUAAGAAUGCUGGUUUCUUAAAUUGUGAAGACAUAUUAUUUGGAUUAAUAGACGAGUCUAUGAGAAAAAUUGAACCAGUAAUAAUGAGAUUCGAAAGGGAAGCGUAAGCACUUAAUAAUUUAAGCCUGAACCUAAGUUAGCAUGAGAGACUUGACUAUGUUAGAAGAAGUCACUUAGCUAAAGAUGUGAUGAUGACAUUCAAGAGUGAGCUUAAAACUAAAAAGCUAUUUUUAAGCAAGCUCAAAAAGUAAAAGUUCAUAUCAAAUAAAUUCAAGCUAGUAAUAAAAUUCCUCGAAGGUAGACUACUUAACUGCGAUAUGAUUAUGAUUAAAUCUUAGAAUCUUGUGACACUCUGCGACUAAACUUAUGAAAAUAUGGUAGACAAUAAGAUAAAUGAGCAUUCAAACAAUCUCAAUCGCAUAGCUUAGGGACUUGCAGCCGUUACUGUUAUUUUCCUGCCAUGCAAUCUCAUAAGUGGCUUUAUGGGAAUGAAUGUAAAAGUUCCAUUUGCUGAAGAAGAUAGUGAAAUACCAUUUAUUGUAAUAUUCGGAGGGACUAUGCUUUUGGCUAUCUUUCUCUACACAUGUAUGAAAUGCUUAAAAGUGAUUUGA